GUCAGCGCUGCGCCCUCAGUGGACUUUGGCGCGGCUGCCCUCCGUUUGGACACCCUAUCGAUUGCCGCGUAGGCAAGUGACGACACCACCAUCGGACUUAAGCCUGUCUGCCCACCACGGCAGCGGCCUACUGGGAUAACGAAAAGGCCUAGUGCCGCCUACUCACCCUCUUCCCUUUUUCUCGUCUUUUCUCGCCAUGAUCAAACACCAAGUCGCCUCUACCGUUUUACAGGCUACUCGCGCAUCCAUCACGACUUCUCUCUCCAAAGCACAGUCCGCCAAAAUGACCACUGCCGACAGUUCGCUACCGCCGCCACAGGCCAAGUCGUUCCGCCCAGAAGAUGUCAAGCAGAAUAAGCCUGAAAACCAACCCGCGCCUUACUUUCCCAUGCCCUAUAGAGAUGCUGCCUACCAAUGGUGGUCCAGUGUCACCCCCGCCAUGGCCCAAAGCAAGGUCAUGAGCCUCGUCCCCGUCCUCAAAGAAGCAGCCGACAGCCUUUCGCAGCCCACACCCUCCAAAACAGCUGACGCCAUUGGUACACGAGUAUGGCGAAGCUCCAUGGUCCAGCUCUCCGGCAAGGACCGCGCCCUCAACGAAGUCUGCAUUGAGAGAGUAGGUGAAGAGGCCGAGGAGACGCUCGUCAUGGUUCACGGCUACGGCGCCGGUCUGGGUCUCUUUUACCGCAACUUUGAGCCCGUCACCCGCUUGCCUGGCUGGAAGCUUUACGCUCUCGAUAUGCUCGGCAUGGGCAACUCAUCCCGACCCAAGUUCAAGAUCCACGCCAAGAGCAGAGAAGAUCAGGUCAUUGAGGCCGAGAGCUUCUUUAUUGAUGCCCUGGAAGAGUGGCGCAAAGCCCGCAACAUUGAGCGAUUCACACUUCUCGGUCACUCCCUUGGCGGAUACCUCGCUGUCUCCUACGCUCUCAAGUACCCCGGCCAUCUCAAGAAACUCAUCCUCGCUUCCCCAGUCGGCAUCCCCGAAGACCCUUACGCCGUCAGUGCCGCCAUGCCCGAGCCUGGCGAGUCCACCCUCGAAAACGAAUUCACAAAAGAUCAACAAACCAUUGCACACGUCAACUCUAGCCCCUCUAGCUCUCCUGCUGCCCCGCGCAAGCCUCUCCCCAGCUGGCUAGUCUGGCUCUGGGACGCCAACUUCUCGCCCUUUAGCUUUGUCCGCAUGAGUGGACCUCUCGGUCCCCGUCUUGUCUCUGGUUGGACCUCGCGCCGCUUUAACCACCUGCCCGGCGACGAACCACAGACUCUUCACGACUACGCCUUCUCCAUCUUUAAGCAAAGAGGUAGCGGAGAGUACGCCCUCGGCUACAUCCUCGCCCCUGGAGCAUACGCUCGCCGCCCUGUUAUCGACAGAAUCCACCAGGUUGGUCGCCAACCGCUGCCUCAGACAGAUACCAGCAAGGCCCUGAAGGAGACUGGCAUUCCCAUUGUCUUCAUGUACGGUGAAAACGACUGGAUGGAUGUUGCCGGCGGCUUGGCUUCAGAGGUCAAGAUUAACAGGGCGCGAGAGGAGCUCCUCAAGACAGCUACCGCCGAAGAAAAGCGAAACGACAGAGGCAGCGCUCGCGUUGUGGUAAUUCCCAAGUCAGGGCAUCAUCUGUACCUGGAUAACCCUGACGAUUUCAACAAGGUUCUCCGUGAGGAGAUGGAGGACACCAUGCGGGAGUCAAAGAGACUCCAAAGCUAGAACUUUGGCUUUGUUUUUGCACAUACAUGAUUUUCUGGGGUGUUUUUUUAACAGCGUGCAUUGUUCUUUUGUUUUCUCGUUUUAGACGGCACUAUUUUCUUUUGUUUCAGUUUGGCUGGUAGACCGCUAGACUCUCUUGCAUAGACUGUAGGCGGAAAUAUUGGAUACAUGGCAUAGACUCUACGGCGUUGACUGGGUUCACUGCUUAAUCAAAUAAUGAAUUACUUCACUGAAUUGUCUAUAAAACUUUUGGUGAAACGUGAUAUGCUUUUUCUAUUGAAACCCAAACUGGCAAUAUGCCGCUUAAACCAACCUGCGCAAUGUACAAGAAAACAAGGGUAUGCAAUGAAUAUAUGUAUGCGUCUCUCCAAAUACUUCCAUAACAUCAGCGUGCGUUUACAGCUUAAUGACAUCCACCUCGGAAAAGUCAGGAGGGCUUCUUCCGUAUACAACACGCUGCUUGCUGUCUAGCGCUGUGCCCUCGUUGCUCACCCAAAUGUGUUCGCUGAACUCCUUGGUUUCUCGGAUCUCGUCGUCGCUGACGCCGUUGCAAUCCUGUGGGAUCCACACGACGGGUUGACGGGCACGAAGGGCAUAGUGCAUAAAUGCGUGCUUAACAAGCAUGUCUCUCUCCUUCGGUGUCAAGUCUUCAACUUCGUCGUGUACGCCGCCAUAGAGGGCCUCACCCAUAGCCCGCUGAGCCUCCAAGUCCUUCUUUCGCUGAGCCCGGCGAUAUUCCGCUGCUGCCUUGGAUUGUCCGUCCAAAAACGCCAUCUUCAUCAACUCUUUACCUCCUUCUCUUGCCCAUCCUCCAACUUGCUUGGUGCCGGCCUUGGCCCAUGUACCUACUUGCUUCACAGGAUUCAUAGCGAAAGUGGUAUGCUUGUGGUAAGUCAUGAGUUCGUAUCCCUCGCCAUCUUCGGCUUCAUUGCCGGAAGGUUUGGUGCCUGCCGAAAGUCCGGUCGCCUCAUCAGCAAAGCCAUCAUCUUCCACGUUGACCAAGCCCAACCGACGAUUCUGGGCUCGUUCGAAAGCUUCAUCUCUUAAAACGGCUUCGUCUUCAAGAGUAACAGGUAGAUAACGACACAGUGGCGCGAAUGAAGUGUGAAGAAGAUACUGGUAUAUAGCUGUCAAUAAGAAGACAACAAUCAUGAUACUGCCGUGAGUGAUGCAGACAGCAAAGCCAUCUUCAUUGCGAACAAUGAAAAACAAGCCUGCCAUGGCAAGCUCCAUAAUGUAUAGCCCAGUGAACGCCUGGUGAAUGGCGCGCGGAUACAAUACUCCGCCAGUAUCGUCUUCAAAACGGUAGAUGUAAAUCAUGGCGUAGCGCUGGGCAACCCAAAGUAAACUGAACGUGAUGACUGCAAAGAUAGAAAUAAGCGGCGCUAUGAUGCAAUAAAUCAAACCAAUGCAGGCAAAGUUGGUGUAAAUAGGGAAGAAGGAGCCCCAGAUGACAUUGUUGAGGGUGGUGUUGCGCUUCCAUUUGCUGCGGGCAGUGCUGUCAAAUAUCGGACCAAUGAUAUACCAAAAGAUGAGAGAUAUCAGUUGCAGAAGGGUUGCUGAGCUUGUCGAGAGAGCUUGUAGGAUCAUGUACGAGAAAAAGUAGUUUGCAGCAGAGGGUAGAUUGCUUGCAAGGACGUUUUGAAGCACAUAGUUAACAUCUCUAAGUUGACCCAAAUUGUCAAUCAACUUCUCGAGUGAGUUGGUGAAGAAUGAUGCAACCGAUACAACCAGAAAGACCUGAACAAACAAGAAAGCAAAGAACCAGCGUUGCACAAAUUCUGUUCGUUGUGAGCCAGUCUUCACACCUUUGAUGCCGGCAAGAAGUUCCAUAAUGAGUGGUACCAGGGCCAGGAUGAUCACAAUGACUAGUGUUGGCAAAACACCAGCAAUCGCAGCAGCAACGUUCCUAGUUGUCUUCGACUUAUUCAAAAACUUGAAAGCGUCAAUUUUAGUGAGACUUUCAACAUUGUUGAUAGCAGCCGUCCAUGCAACUGGAAUAGCCCAGAGGAGGGUCAUGGCUGUUACAACCAACGCGACGAUACCAGUCCUCAGCCACUGCUGCCACCAUGUCAUUGCCAUGUUGCCCCAAACGACGUCUCUCGGAGAGAUUUCAAUCAUUCGCGGCGCCAUUUGGCGAGGAAUGUGAUGAAUGGUGCUCUGACAUGCCAUGUGUGCAGCAAUUUGGUGAUUGAACUGCACAAAGGCGGAGUUUAAUGGCGGGUAGCGCUCGGGAUGCUUCUGAUCUUCUUCAAUUUCGACAUUCAGUCUCGCAAGUUCCCGUCUGCACCAGUAGAUGGUAUCAACUUUUGUCGUGAUGCCUGGAACCCCAAAAAGCCAGUUGAUGCCAAAUAGACCGAGAUGAUGGGUUGGACGGUGCUUCGCCUUAAGGUACUUCUUCCAAGCCGCAUCUCGUGCCCUGAGCUGGCUCUCACUCAUAUCAAAAGCCUUUGAAUACUCAAAGAUGGGCUCCUCCUCACCCAUAAAAGGGAUAUAUUGCUUAAUGUUUUGCCAAACCGUCUUGUUAGCAUACAUAUCGUGGAGCUCCGUUGCCUGCUCCAGGCCUUGAGGCACCGGGGACGCAUAGCCGCCAGACGGAGGCUUCCAAAACUGCCAAAACUUCACCUUGUCGGUGCUAUAGAGCUCUUGUUCAUCCUCGAGUUUCCUGACAGUGUUACCGUUGGCGCGUUGCUCGGCAGGUGGCUUCUGUAUAGCACUAGUCGACUCGACAGACACGGCGGAGCCUGCUGGUGAUUCGGCCCUUUCUAAUUCAAUUUGUUCUUCCUUCGGUGAUUGGACAUUGGUCGGAUUCACAGGUGUAGUGGGCUGCGAGUUCAUUCGGACAUUGGCCACAGGUGUCUGAGGCUUAUCAUGAGCAGCACGGCUUUCGACCUCCCGUUCCGAUUCGCGGACACCCUCCGAGACGUUGUGAGGAACAUUCUGUACGUCUCCGUCCUCAUGUCCUUCAUCACUUCGUGCUAAGGUCUCAGCGUCUUUGUCUUGUUGCGCUCUUAUGGCGGCCUUCUCCUUGCGAGUGAAUGGUUGGAGGUUGUUCUUUUUGCGUUCCGCCUUUGCCUUUGCAUAAGUCUGUUUCAGUUCCGCCUUCUUUGCUGAUUUAAUUAGCUGUGUUUCGGCGUUCUCCAACAUGUUGUGAAUUGAAUCGCGCAAGUUAAUCUUAUCCAGUAGCUUGGAAAAGUCGCGGUUGAGCCACACAUUUCGAACACCACCCGGAAACACAUCAAAAAGGCCGAUAAGCCCUUCUUCGCUGAGCCAUCUGUAAGGAAUACCACUGACAAGGACAGUAGUAGCCGAAGCACGUAGCCGAUGUUCCGCGCUGGUUAAAUAAUCUUGUCGAACCUUGAUAUACGCCUUAAACUCGAAGAAAAAAACACCACAAACCCAAAUGACGGUCAAAAUUGCCAUAAUCAAAUGGGCAGUAUAGCGACUAGAGUUCCUAGGUCGAACAUUUCCCCAUGCUAUCGUAUCGAGGCCAGUUAUAUUACUCUUGGCCUCGGUCCCAUCCCUGCGCUUCAGAUUCGAGCUAUCGCUGUUUCCGUAGACAAUGUCCGUUCCUCGGCCGUCGAUGUAGUUGAGCGGGAUUAAAAUCGGCAAAACGACGAGGCAAAUCGGAAUGAAUAUAACAAUGAGGGUUUUGAGGUAACGAAGAAAGAAAUAGGCGUCAAGACCACAUUUGUUGAUAAUGUCUCGGUCUUUGAACAGAACAACCGUUUUGAUAGUUGCCAAUAUGCUUCUCGGUGGAGGAUCGGUGCGCUCACGUUCUGGGACGAGAUAUGUUUUGGGUUUACUGAUACAUCAAAUAUUAGCUCACGACACCAGAUGGUGCAAAUAUCAGUCAAUCCAACUCACAAGAUUCUUGCAAUUUUGUUGCGAAUAAGGACAAAGAUGAUGAACUGUACGGCAAAAAUGACAAUAGCAGUUGCUAUGGCAGUAACAAAGCCGACAAUACCUUGGCCGCUAGUCUUUUCAACCCUCGAGUCCAUAUUGGAAUCGUCCCGCGGUAAUAGGUGUAGAUUUGGCGAGGUGCCUUGCGCGAGGGCUGGCUGGUAGAGGUUUAAGAAGAUCGCCGUCGCCAACAGGCGGCGAACCAUUAGGGCUUGCAUCAUGGUGCCACCUCAAGCUCCAUAGGCCCCGUGUACAGAUGGUGCCUUGUUUACAGACAGAAUCGACUGGGUUGCUGAGAUUUGUUUGCCAACGUUGCUCAGGGGAGUGUUUUGGCGGCAAAUAGCCCUUGUGGGGGA